UGCAGGUUACAUUUCGUGAAUGUCUUCCUUAUUUACGUAAAAUGCAAUAAGAAAGACACAACCUUUUUAAAUUAAACGCGUAAUUCGUUGAAAGAAUUUCAAUUAAAACUGGUUUUAUUUUGGACUUUCUUCGUGAAUUGGCUCGGGAGUUUGACACACCUGGAAUUUCUGAGGUAAAGUAACACGGGUAUCACAAGAGCGAACAAAAGAGACCAGCAGUGCCAUUGGCGAAAUGUCGAUAAACAACGGGGACGAUCCGGUGCAAGCUUCCAGCGAUAGUUUUUGGGAAGUGGGAAAAUACGUGAGAACUGUCAACAGAAUUGAUAAUGGAUACAAACUUUGUAGUAGUUUAAAACAGUUAAUUACCUCAAGAGCUGAUAUAGAACGAGGAUAUGCCAAACAGUUAAGCCAGUGGUCGAAAAAAUGGAAUGAUUUCCUAGACAAAGGUCCUGAGUAUGGUACAACACAAGGAGCCUGGCGAGGGGUAUUAGAGGAGUCAGACAAACUUGCCGAUCUACAUACAGAAGUUGCGGACAAACUUGUGAAUAAUGUUACAGUAUCAAUCAAACAAUGGCAGAAAGAAAACUAUCACAAAUCCAUGAUGCACUUUAAGGAAACUAAAGAGUUAGAUGAUCAGUUUAAAAAGGUCCAGAAACCCUGGGAGAAGAAAUUGAACAAAGUGUUAACAGCGAAGAAAGAUUACCAUGCAGCAUGUAGAAAUGAGAAAAGUACAGCAAACCAGGAAAACAAUGCGCGUGCAGACACUGCCAUGUCCUCAGAUCAGUUAAAGAAGUUACAGGAGAAAUUAAAGAAGUGUCAGAUAGAGGUGGAGUCAACUCAGGAGAAAUACAAUGCUUGUCUGAAUGAUCUGAAUGGAUAUAACUCCAAGUAUAUAGAAGAUAUGACAGAGGUGUUUGAAAAAUGUCAAUCUUUUGAAAAACAAAGAAUAGAUUUUUUCAAGAAGAUCAUGUUUGAUAUUCACCAAUGUUUAGACCUUUCUGUAGAUUCAAGAUAUUCACAAAUAUACACCACACUUCAUUCCACAAUAAGUAACACAGAUGCCGACAAAGAUCUCCGCUGGUGGUCUAAUAAUCAUGGUGCUGAUAUGGCAAUGGCCUGGCCAAUAUUUGAGGAAUAUUCCCCAGACUUGAAACCAAUCCACGGCAAGGAGAAGAAGUCACAGAUUACGGCCAGCGAGGGCGGUAUCACGAUAACCAGUAUCAAACAUAACCCGGAAAACUUUGUACCGGCAGCGUCAUCCAACACCACCAAUAACAAACAAAGUAAUCGAUCCUCUACUCACUCGCAGCAAUCUCAUUCCUCACAACACGGCGGUUAUAACAACACGGUCGCAGAAACCGGCGACACUGUUAACACAAAUGCUUCCAGGCAAGACUCGUACGACGAGUCAUUAAAUCCAUUUGGCGAUGAAGAGAAAAUAGAUUGCGAGGGUGAGAAAGAAAAUGCAAAUACGAAUGCUGAAAAUAAAUCUGUACACAAUGCCCCGGCCCAAGCACCAAGCACAAGUAAUCCAUUUGGUGACGGAGACUCGGAAGAUGAGCAUGAAUCGCAAGGAAGUGCACCGACACAGAGUAGCGGAGGCUCGGUCAACGUGCCGGCACGAGUCCUCUACGAUUAUCACGCCGAAGAGGAGGAUGAAUUAAGUGCUGGAGCAGGUGACAUAAUUACACGAAUAUCAGACCAAGAUGAUAUGGGCUGGGUAAAGGCAAUAGGCAAGGAUGGGAAAGAAGGCCUGAUUCCCUUCGGUUAUGUUGAGGAUUGUUAACGUUACAGCAUACAAGAAGGGGAACCAGCAUUUAUCUCAUUAUUGCCAAAUAUGAAAAACGUGUAGUUGUCUUGAAUAAAACGUGUAGUCUUCUUAACACAAGUAUAGCAAUAUAUGCUGUUAUGUUCAUACACAAUACACGACAGGUGGAUGUUGACAAUAUAAACCUUGUUAUUGUUACACAAAAAUAAUAUGAUAUAGAUACAUGUUAUAUACCUAGUUAUAUACUAAUAGUAUUGUUAUAUUUUGAAGAAAAAAAAUCUAUAUAUCUCCCUUUAACUUUUUAAGUGCUAAAAAUAAGCUUAAGGCAAAGAGUAUGCUACUUAAUUAUGCCUGUUUACUGGAUAGAUAGCCAUACACAACAGGUUUAUGUGGAUUGAUGGAUUGCUGAUGAUGAAAUAUCAUUUAUGGAAUGUUUGAUACUGAUUUGAAGUUGUAUUGUUUUGAUAUAAAAUUAUUGAUAUAAAUUGAUUUGAAGAUUUGAUACGAAAGAAAUGAGAAGUACAGAAAUAGAGCAGGUUGAACUGAGUGACAGCAAAUAUCAUCACAUUUGAGUGUCCGUCUUAUCCAUGAAAGAAUCAUUUCGUAAUAUUAACAGGCAGAAUACGCUUUGACCCACCUGAAUUGUUUUAUUGAAUUGUUUUAAUUGAGGGAACAAGUACUUUUGUGUACUUUGGAUUUAGACUGGGCCAGUUACAUAUAGUUAGCAAUUUUGCAUGAAAAAAGUUGAAAUGGGAGUCAUAUUGAAAAAGUUAGAGAACGAAGUUUCAGAUACAGUCUUCUGCAAAGUUUUUAUUGGUCAGUUUGAAGGUUGUGCUAAGAAGUAAUAAUUCAGUGAAGAGUAGGUGGUGCAAGUCCUGUCUUUCAGAAGAGUUUAGGGCGUUAUAAGCAGGAAAAUGUAAAGAAAUCAUGGUCAUGAAAAUGUUUUUGCUGAAAGCUUGUUCUGUCUGUGUUAAAACAAAAUACUCAAACUGUGUAGAGAUAAGAAAUCUGGUGAAAAUGAUGGUAUAUUUACUAGGCAAGGAACGAAGCUUCACAGAUUGAAUAACUGCCAAUAGGCUAUAUGGUACAUUGUUAGCAUCUUGACAGCCUGAAAUUAUGUUAAUUUCUAGACCAGACUGUAAUUACGCCCAGUGGUAAUGAAUAUUCAUGAGGGCGAAGCUAGUGAAUAUUGCAUGAUUUUCAUUGGAUAAAGCUGUAUAUUGCUAACAAAAAAAAUGAUUUUUUUUUUUUUAAAGCUGUACAAACACGCCAAAAGAAUAAUAGUAUCAAAAUGCUAUUCCUGUCAUUACUAAUAGGAAUGUAGAUUAUUAUAAAUAUAUAUAUAUUAUUUACAUUUUUUCUUCAGAAGUUUGUUAUAUUAAGAAAUGUAGAAACUGUUAUUAUUAAUUAUUAUUAUAAUUGUGUAAUAUAUAAUCGUUUGAUACUUUUUGUACAAAAUAAUGUUACAUGAAGUAAUAUUAAGAUGAAUUCUGUUUUUGUUAAUGUGUAUUUAUGAUUCAUAAUACACUAGUGAGUUCCUUUUUGAAAAGUUAAGAAACAUUUUUUUUUUAUACAAGAAUGUCUUUAUAUAUUUAUAUAAUUAUAUUGUAUGCAGAAUUUUCUAUAGAUUGUAACAGAUUUUGAGUGACUUAAAUUUCUGAGGUUUCACUGAAAGAAUAUUUUUACCUUUGACAAGAAAUUAAGUGGACUGGACAUAAUCAGAAAGAAACACUAUUAGGUCAUGUCACGGUAUAGUUUUUUUAAAUUUUAAGACACUUUUAUCAGUAUUUUGUAUUUAUUAAUGAGUAAUCUGUGCUGUAAUUUUUAAAAUAUAAGUUAAGAAAUUUUCAAAUCAAGACCCCAGAGAUGCCCAAGAGAAUCUCAGUUGACCCUGCUCUCUUGAUAGUCACUCAAAUAAAGACAAUUUUGAAUUAUCCUCCAUGAUUCAUUGAUGAAAAAGGAAAGCUAAAGUACAAGCGCUGUCCAUUUGGAGAUUGUCAUUUGGACGAAACUAACAGGAAUAAAAGUCACUGAAAAUCUGUUGCAGACAAUAGUUAUAUGUUAUUCAGAAAUAGAAAUUUGUGUCUGUAUAUUUUUCACUUCUCAUUUAAUCAUUGUAUUUUAUACAUCAAUAUUACUAAUGAUUAUUUCAUUGUGUAUAAAAACUAUUAUUCCAAUGUUUACUGUAGGAAACAGACUAUAGUUGUAUAUAGUCUAUUUCAAAGGAAGAAAAAAAUGUUUUUCCAAUUUGUACAGAAAAUCAUUUACAGGUAGAUUUGUAAAACCGGCUUCUUUUUAUUUGAAUAUCAUCAUCAUCACACGUUGUUAGAUAGCAAUGUAAACUAUAUUUAAAUAAUUGUCUUUUGCAAAAGAUAAUUUCAUAUAUUUUUUGGUCUUUUCAUUUACAUUUUCUGUUAUUUUUUCUUGUAAUAAAAAAAAAAUCAUGAAAAUCUGACAGGAAAGUUUUUUUUAACCUAAGAAAGUAAUAUGAUUGAGUUUAAAGGUAAAAAAGGUCAAAAGUUAGAUUUUCUUCUAGUUAUAUUUGAGGAAAUUGACAAUAUUCAUGCCCCUCUCUAGUAAAUCAACAGUAUUUUUAUAUAUAUACAGGUAUUGGUGCUGGCAUCACCGCCUGAAACAAUGAAGAUCUCCCUGAUUUUGUACAAACCCCACUCUCUAAUGUUGAAUAGAAAUUACUUAUUGUUGUCCAAGAAGAAUUUGUUCAUUUAAAUUGCUGACUAUUUUGCUUAAAAAUGCACUUAAUUGCAAUUUCAUUUUUCAAAACUUUGUUUCAAGUAACUAUUUUUCAUCACAUUUCGUAAUAAAAAAUAAACCCAUUCAAUUUCAGAUUUUUUUUUUCAUAAGUCUCUUAAUUUUAUGAUAAAUAUAUCAGAUGUUUAUUUUGUUCACAUAAGAUUUAAAUAUUAAGUGUUAUAAUCAAAUUAUUGUUUUUCAAAGAUAUAUUUUUAUUUUGAACUUUGGUCAGUGUUUAGAAGAAUCUCUGUUUUUAUACAGAUCAAUGGUGAUGAUUAAAAGUUAAGUGUGGAUUGUAUAUAAAUGUAUUAAUUAAUGUAGUUUGAAAAUAACAAAAUACAUGUACACAGUGUUUAGAUAAAACGGGAUUAAUGGAAUAUUUUCUAUUACCAUAUUAUAGCAGUUAUUUUCUUUAGUAUAAGUUUGUUGCUUUUAAAAAGAUUUGAAGUGGAUAUAUCAUUACAAGAGGCUUAUAGGUCACCCUACAACUUAAGUAUGCUGGGUGUUUUUAGUAGCAAAGCGGCCUUUUAUCCACAAUGCAAUGCAAGCACUAAGGCAACAAAUGGUUUUUCUCGCCCUUUAUACUGGUCAAUAUGAAAUUAAUGUUGUAAAAGAACAGUUACUUUUGGUGAACAUGAAAUUUGUCCUCUAAACAAUGCAUAUAAGUGAUAAUAUAUUUUUCAAAUGACAGAACUAAUAGCAUUAUUUACAUGUAUCAAACUAUUCAUAUUCUGUUUUAAAGGAAGUGCUCCCCUGAGGUCAAAAAACCUUAAAACAUAAAAUUUGAAAUUCUUGCAUACAUGUAGAUCAGGUGAUGUAAAAAUUCUGCAAAAGGUAAUGUAGAAACAUACUGGGAGUUCAAAUGAAAAUCUGUAAUUAGCCCACUUUUAGUGAAAAGUGUUGCAAAGCUUUUCAUUUUUUGGUCAAUUUGCUUAAUAAAAGUAAUUAUUCUGAGAAAACUGAGUGGGGGAAUGAUCUGAAAAUUUGUGCACAAGUUACUAAUCCA